AUGACUCAUGCUGUGUGUCUAUCACAAAAAGCUAACGAGAUCUCAAUCUCCGCUGAGGAAGAAUUCAACAUCGAGAGACUUCAGCUUCUCGAGAGUGCCAAGCGUAAGCUGCGUCAAGAGUAUGACCGCAAGCUCAAGCAAGUCGAUAUCCGCAAGCGCAUCGACUACUCUACGCAGCUGAAUGCAAGUAGGAUUAAGUACCUUCAAGCACAAGAUGACGUUGUCACCUCCAUGAAAGACUCUGCAGCUAAAGACCUUCUUCGUGUCUCCAACGACAAGAACGCAUACAAAAAGCUUCUCAAGGGUCUCAUCCUUGAGAGUUUGCUGCGGCUGAAAGAGCCACAGGUGCUUCUUAGAUGCAGAGAGAUGGACAAGAGGGUUGUUGAAACGGUCAUAGAGGAUGUUAAGAAACAGUAUGCAGAGAAAGCCAAAGUCGGGCCUCCUAAGAUCACCAUCGACGACAAAGUCUUCCUCCCUCCCCCUCCUAACCCUAAGCUCCCUGAUUCCCAUGACCUUCACUGCUCGGGAGGAGUGGUUCUAGCAUCUCAAGACGGAAAGAUCGUCUGCGAGAACACUUUAGACGCACGCCUAGACGUUGCCUUCAGAAAGAAGCUUCCCCAGAUCCGGACGCGCCUCGUUGGAGCUCCUGAAACCUCCAGAGCAUGAUCUGAUCCCCAACACAAGCUUGCUUAGGCCCUUAAAUAAGUGAUACUCACAAGAAUCGUCACUCUGUUUCCUUUUGAUCUUGACAAAGAGAAUAAACUAAUUUUGAAAAUGCCCUUUUCGUAUCAAAUUUAUUCUAGAAUAUUAUAUUAGAAAUCGCAAUGCAAGAUCUGUUUUUCACGAGAUAUACACUCAGACGCAGC